CUGCACUUUGCUGCCAAGAACAGCGCUGUCGGGCGUCAGGAUCUUACUGCAGAACGGGCGGACAUUGCUGUACGAGACUACAAAGAGAGAACACCUCUACAGCUGGCUGCUAACUUCGAUCGGAGCGAGGCAGCGCGUCUGCUGCUGAGGUUUGGAGCAGAUGCCGGGGUUCAGGACUCUGAUGGACAGCUCUGCAUUACUGCCAUGAUUGCUAAAAUGACCCCGUGCUUACUGUCAAAUCCCAUUAAUCCGAGAAAAACCACAGUGCAAGCUGAUCUGGCGAUGAAUCAGUUCCACAUGAAAGACCGAAUGGCCCGGCAGCAGUUCUUCUACCUUCAUCUGAUGGAGCCCAAGCCUGCUGACAGGACAAACCCCAAAGCUUCUGAUCCAUCAUCACCGCUGGAGUUUAUAGUCAGUCAGGGUAAACUGGAUCUCGUCAUGCACCCUGUAGUGCUCAAACUCAUCACGGUCAAAUGGAACUUAUAUGGCAGAAAGGGCGCCUGGAUACUCCUGCUUCUCAACUUCCUAUUUAUCGUGUCCUGGACAACAGUGGCCAUAUCUGUGUCAGUACGCCCGGAUGGAGAUCGGUACAAUCUUCCUCAGGACUGGUGGCGUGUGUUGCUGGUGGUUUUGGCUCUAGCUCUGACCGUGACUGAGGUGUACAGGGAGGUGAUGGAGAUUGUGAGGUCUAGGAGGAAACUGAGGCACUGGCAGCGCUGGACUGUGAGGAAAGUCAACGAGGACUUGGGCUGCUCUCACCCUAUGUGGCCCGAGGUAACGCGCGAACAUAAAUACUUGGAAGACCAAAUAAAGUAUAUUCGAAACCUGAAAGGAUCCUACUCUCAAGACUCCUGGAAUAUCUUUGAUUGGCUGGUCUAUUCGCUGCUGCUGGCCGUUCUGGGCAUCCACUUGGCAGAUAUAUUCCUAGUGUCUGAGUCACUUCGACAGAACAGUCUUCGCCUCUUCGCCGUGUCCAUUAUUUUCCUGUGGCUAAGGCUGAUGAAGCAUGUCCGAGCCUUUAGGGCGAUGGGGCCCUUCAUUGUCAUGCUGGGGAAGAUCGCAGGAGAUGUGCUGCGUUUCCUUUUUCUCUAUAUAGAGAUCUUCAUCCCGUAUGCCUGUGCUUUCUGGAUCAUAUUUGGAGGAUUAGCUCAGGUGCCGAGCAUGGAGACGGUUCCUGUUCUGCUGUACAGCCUGUACCGCAUCACGCUGGUGGACGAGUAUGAGUUUGAUGCCAUGCUGGAUGUGGAUGCGGUGAUGGCCUGCCUGCUGUGUGGGACGUUCCUGGCCCUGUCUGCUGUUCUCUGUGUUAAUUUGCUGAUUGCUCUGCUUUCUGACACCUUCCAAAGGGUCUACGACAACGCGCUGGCCAACGCGGUGAUGCAACAAGCCGCUAUCAUCCUGCAAAUAGAGGAAUCCAUGCCCUGUCUGAGACGUUGCUAUGACAACGAGUACAUCCACCAGCGCUGCGCCCCGCUCGGUGAAUUCUACGACGAUGACGUCACCACUAACCCAGAACAACACGCAGAGAUGAAGAAGCUCACGGAACAGAUCAAGGAUACUUUAGAUAAAUAUUUGAGCAUCCAGAAGGAGACCCUCUCACCCCAGCUAGCCUGCGCAGGUGCCAGAGAAGAUACCACAAGGAGAAGCGCUGCGCUUCCAGAGAAAGAAGAACAUCUCAAGACUCUUCACAGACUUCAGAAGGACCAGCAGAAGCAGAGUCAGGACCUCAGUGAGCUGAAGGCCGAAGUGAAGGAACUCCACAGUUUGCUUCUCAAACUAAUACAGCCCAAGAUAUCUGCUGAUGAUGACAAGAAACCCUCAAAGCAACCUAGCUAACUAACAAACGGAGUGCAGAAAUCUAUAUUUAAUUCACAAAGACUUCUGUAAUUUUGCAACCUGCAGUUGUACCCGAGUUACUGUAACACUAUUUGCAUAUUUGCACCUAUAUUAGAGUGGCUUUAUUUGAAUGAUUUUAAUGAUAAAAUGUGAAACAAGAUGUUUAAGUCUCUCGUUUCUUUCAGUUGUAAUCAGAAAUGUUUGUUGGGCAGCACGACAGGAUGAUUUCUGAAGUAUUGAAGACUGGAGUGACAACGCUGAAAAUACACUCUGCAUCGCAGGAAUAAAUUACAUCUCAAAAUAAAUUCAGAUACAAAUUA